AUGGGUGGCUUUUCCUCCCCACUCGCCAACCGCGGCAUUCGCCCAGCCUCUGAGGUCUACUUUGGCCGCCAGAACACCCAAUCUGGCAACACCGACGAGAUGGAGCGUGCCGCUCAGCAGUGGCUGGCCGACAUUGACCAGUACGAAACUACUUUGGAAGAAAUGGCGACCGCCACGCUCGAUCAGGACUUCAAGGACGAGCUCAGCGCCAUCGAGCAGUGGUUCCGCGUGCUGAGCGAGGCUGAGCGGACUGCAGCUUUGUAUGCACUGCUCCAGCAGACCACUCAGGUGCAGAUUAGGUUCUUCAUCCAGGUGCUGCAGCAGAUGUCCAAGAGCCUGCCCAUGUCCAGUGUGCUUUCUCCCGCCAACUUUGGGGAGAAGGAUCCGAUGACACAGAAGCUGAGCGAUGCCAUGAGCAAGUUGACCACCAACGAGAACCGCAACUCGAUGGGCCUCGGUCGCCCGCCGCCAUCCCCUGGUGCGAAGCGCAACUCUGGCUUGGAUCAAUCUACCAUCAGCCGCAUGUUCCCUGACGCCGCGGCUGCCAUCGCAAAGCAAAAGGCAGAGUUUACCGAUAUCACUGGUAUUGCCCCAGCCUCGAACCGCAACAGCACCGUGGGCGACCGCGGCUCGCUUGCCGCCCCAACCAUUUCCGGUCCCGAAGAUAAGAAGGAGAACACUGUUCCAGCCUCGCCAUGGGGUGACGGUCAGCGCCCGAAGUCUUCGGGCCAGCCUCAACAUCAGCCUGCCAUGGGCCAGUUCACUGCCCCACCUCCGUCAGCAGGCCUGCGCUCUCCCCGUCUACCACUUUCUGGCGACGGCGGAAAUGUGCAGACCACUACCCUGAACGCACCCAGCCAAGAUGCCGGUGCUAUGCCUAUGCUUUCACCUUCUUAUGCGCCCGGUGGAAGCUGGGCGUCGCAGCUGAGCACCCCCAUGGUGGGCAACUUUGGUCAGACUCAGACUCAGGCUGACAUGGUGGCCAACGCGACCGCCAUGAAGCUGGCUGCUCUGUCGACCGUCAACAACCGCAUCCAACUCGACGAUGUGCGCAAGUACCGCCGUGCUCGAUCUUCGGAGGGCCAGGGAUCUGGAAACGGUCCCUUGUCUCCCGGUCUUCCCGGUGGAAACAGCUUCGUCAUGACCAACGAGCUCGGCCAGCUCCUGACGCCGCAACAGGCAGCCGCUCUGCAGGCCCAACAGCUCGCUGCCAUGCAAGGCCGUCGCUCCCGCCCCACCUCUCCUGGUAUCGCCAUGCAGGGUGCAGGCUUGGGCACUGCAAAUUUCCUCUCGCCACAAGCGAACGGCUUCCUCACUGCCGACUACGGCGGCUCUCCCCUCGGAAACAACGGCAUGGGCGCCCUGAAUCUCGGUCAGUUCGGCAUCGGCCUCGGUGACGGCCACGGCGGCUACAUCUCAGACCACUCCGAGAUGAAUCGUGGCAGGUCUCCACGAGGACGUCGCGGCAGCUCGAAGCCGCCGGAGGACCCCACCGAUGCGAACCUUCUCCAGGACAUCCCGAGCUGGCUUAGGAGUCUGCGUUUGCACAAGUACACGGACAAUCUCAAGGAUUUGAAGUGGCAGGAGCUUGUUGAGCUGGAUGACGAUGGCCUGGAGAAGCGCGGGGUCAAUGCGCUCGGUGCGAGGAGGAAGAUGCUGAAGGUUUUCGAGCAGGUGAAGGAGGCGAAAGACCAGGGCAGGCUCCGCUAA